GCCUUCAUUCGAGUCUCGAUAACGAUGAAGCUAGGAGUGGCCUUCCUGGCCUUCAGCCUUGCCAUUUUGGUUAGAGGACAACAGAACGUUGGACCAGAUGGUGUCAUCACUGUUUCUAGUGCGAACUGCACAGCUGUAGGGACUCAAACUUACGCCUACGCGGAUCCUUCGGGUAUAGCAUACAGAUAUAUAUGUGGCGCAAGUGCGAACGGCAAUGCUGUUACUCAAAUUUCGGUGUCUAACUGGACCGGCUGCUUCGCUGCUUGCGACAAUUACGCCAACUGCACAGGGUUUACAUACAAUGCCGGCGCAAACUUGGGUGCCGGAACAGGAAACUGCGCCAUCAAGACCGUAAACCCCAACACUUUCUCAAACACAGCCUCAGCCAAUCUUGUAGCAACUCGCAUUGCUGCCGUUAUGCAGCGGUAUGUCCCAUACAUCCCAAACUUUUCCUGUCCAGCACAGAACAACCAGGUCGUCACCGAUCUGAGCGGAGUACCAUAUCUGAUAGGCUGUGGAAAUGAUUCAAACGGCGCAGCAGUCACUAUUUUACAAGCACCAAAUAAUUUCGAUGACUGCUUCUCAUCAUGCGACGCCUAUACUGCCACUGUUGCGCCGACAAACUGCAACCUCUUUGUCUAUGUCGGGGGCUCUAGCGGUGUUGGACCGGGCAACUGCUACUUGAAGUCUGCUACCACCGGCUCAUUUGCAAAUGGCGUUACGAACAAUGUCGCUGCCAUCAGGCUCAUCAGUCACUCUAGCCGUCUCAACGACCCCGUCGCCGACUUCUUCUUCAUCUUCAUCAUCAGCGUCGACCCCGCUGUCACGGCCACUACAUCGACGUCAACUGACACCUCGUCACUCGAGUGUUUCAUCGUCCGUAUCGUCCUCCGUAUCGGUUUCCGCAGGACAAGUUACAGCAGCCUCGAUAUCGUCCAGCAGCGUUUCCUCCUCAUCAUCGUCGUCCUCAUCAUCUUCAGUUUCAAGCGCGUCGUCAUCAAGAUCAUCAGAUAUCUCGUCUUCAGCAAAUUUGGCCUCGGUAGCCUCAUCUGGAAGCAGUUCGUCAUCAAGUUCAAGCAGCUCUUCAUUCUAGCGUCUCGUCAUCGGUCUCGUCCUCGAUAUCGUCUUCAUACGCUCAGGGGUGUCGGCAAGCUUGGCCUCAGCAAUCUCAUCCAGCGUUUCUUCCAGCAGUUCCUCGUCGUCCUCGUCAGUAUCGAGCAGUCGAUCUUCUUCGAGUUCAUCAAGCUCGUCCUCUUCGGUAUCGUCGUCGGUGUCUUCUCUUUUGAGCAUUCAAACUCUGGCAGCGGCCAAAGUGUUGGACCGGAUGGCAUCACCACCGUCGCUACCGCAACUUGCACAACAACUGGCACUCAAAUAUAUGCUUAUACCGAUACUUCGAGUGUCGUCUAUCAAUAUAUGUGUGGUGGUGGGGCUGGGGGAGGCAACUAUGGAUCCAUCCCUACAUCCAACGUGGUCAGUUGGCAGGACUGCUUCCACUAUUGCGAUACAUACGUCGACGCCAACGGAUUCAGCAAUUGCACAGGAUUUACAUAUAAUCAAGGCGCUGCCUAUGGUAAUGGACCAGGCCAAUGUCUCUUGAAGUCUGGUGGCCCGCAGAACUUCGCCACCACUGCAGUGCUUCUAUCUACUCGCAUUGCAGGCAUCAACUCGCGCUAUGUUGCUGGUAUGUGUUGA